AUGGAUAUCAAGCUUUCAUUCAAAGCUAUGGUGAAUAAAAAGAAAGGUAAGGUUCUAUUUGUAGAAGUUGACAGCAGCAUUGCAGAUGUGUUGCUAAGCUUCCUCACAUUGCCACUCGGAACGAUCGUGAGAAUCUUGAAGGAGCACUACGAAGAUGAUGAAUCUACAUCUUAUGGAAGCCUGAGCUCUCUCUACAACGGUUUAUCAAAUCUUGACGGUCACCAUUUUUGGACAAAAGGUGCUAAGUCGAUUCUGCUGCAUCCACGACGAAGUUCAUCCGAUGCCGAAUGCAUAAAGCUAAUGCUCGAUGUUAGUGAUUCCCCACCGUUGGAAUAUUAUAUUUGUCCGAACAAAUGCAACAAUAGAUUCCAGAUCACAAGCAUGUAUUAUGACAAUGCUGGUAAAUGCAGAUGCUGCAAUCGUCAUCGAAUGAAAAGAGAAGUAGCUGAGAACGAUGCCCAAAUUGUUCCUUGUUGUGAUGGGGUUUUCACGAAGACGACGGCGUCUUUUGUGAUUACUGAUGAUUUGCAGAUAAUGCCUAAUGCUGGGCUCUUGCAAAUUGUCAGUGUUCUUGGCGUUACUGACAUGGAUGAGGUCGAGACGAUCAACAUUACCUUUGGAUUAUUUGAGGUCGUGGAGUUGCUCGAGGCAUCCUUGAUUUCCACGAAUCCAUUGUCCGUCGUCAUACUCGACGAAGAAGUGCUAGAAAUGAGCUCUACAGAAGGGAAAUAUGAAGAUCAGAGUCCAUCAACAGCUGCAAACGCAUUGAUUUCAAACUCCAAAACGAUGAAUGUAAAACUUGUGGUACAAAAGUCCACAAACAAGUUGCUGUAUGCUGAAGCUGAGGAAGAUUUCGUAGAGUUUCUAUUCAGUUUCCUCGUAAUCCCACUAGGAGGCGUCGUGUCCCUUUUGUCGCGUAACUCAAACCUUAAACCUAUAGACAGCUUGUACAAGAGCGCAGCUGAUCUUAUCCAUGACAAGUAUCUCAAGAAUCCUGAUGCAAAAAAUAGGCUAAUCAAGCCCAGCAUACCUCAUGGUUAUCUCUCCGAAAACCACAUUCUUCCCCUCAAUGAAGAAAGGUUUCUUGCUGAUCUCGCCUGCAAUUAUUACAGUUUGUUUCCUUCUACUAAGUUUCCCAAUGGGCAAGGGAGUUAUCUUGAAGGAACGCGAACUUAUAAGGUUGCAGAUGAUUUAACCGUGACACCUUUUAGCAUUGCCUCCGUUCUUUACAGUCUCAAAGAGCAGAAAAUCCCAGUAUCUGAUCUCAGAGAAGUCGAGGUUCAAAUCGGAUUGAAUGAGGCUUUGAGCAUACUGAAAGCAUCUCUUACAUCCACCACUGCUCUCUCCGUCGCUCUGCUCAGUUGA